AUGUCGAGCAGCCGCCGCUGCAUCCACCAGAGGAUGAAGUCUUCACUAAAACCGUAUCCGAUUGGGAUGGAUUAUUCCCGGAAGCAACGACCGAACUGCACCUCUAGCGGUCCAUCACCACUGUUUCAUCGAGUCAAGUUCCUGAUCAAUGACAUUUCGGAUCUUGACGUUGCAGCCAAGCACGCCCGUUUAGCCGCGAGGAAGAGGAUGGACCCUGAAGAAGCCAUCUUAACCUGCAACGCCAUCAUAGGAGCCAUGUGCAACGCUGGGCGGUCCGGCGACGCCUUGGAUAUGUUCGAUUUCUUUUUCAACAAAUCCAAGAUGAAGCCAAACAUCGCUUCCUGCAAUUUCAUCAUCAAAUCCCACUGCGAGCAAGGCCGCCUUGACGACGCUCUUCAACUCUAUUCCCAUCUCCUCUCCUCGGACAACACUCCUUCUCCGGACCACAACACGUACGACCACUUGACCAAAGCCAUGGUUGAUGCGGGAAUGAUGAACCAAGCUCUGGAUCUCUUGUUGAAAGGAAGAGCAGAAUUGUUCAAUUUCCAAAGGCCAGGCAUGUACAUGAAUCUUAUUCGUGGCUUCAUGGAACAGGGUAAUCUCGACAUGGCGUCUCAGUUAAGGGACGAUUUCAAGACUUGUUCCAUACGCGAGUACAUCGCAACCCUGGAAUCAAUAUUCGUAGAGUAUUUGUUUAAGCAAGGCAAGGAUGAGGAAGCUAUGGCUCUAUACAAGAGCUCAGUGAGCAUGGACAACAACGGCUUCACAACAAAUGCAACUGUGGGCAAUAAGUAUUUGAAAAUGCUGCUCAAGUACGGCAAGAAAACAGAGGCCUGGGCAUUGUUCCAGUAUAUGCUUGACAAUCACGGCAGCUGGAGUAGCUUUGAUGCAGAUAAUCUUAAUCUCAUGGUGAACGAGUGUUUCGAGGUGGGACGUUUCAGCGAUGCGGUCAACAUCUUUAACAAGACCAAGGCAAAGAGUAAAUACUCGCUGCCUGUGGAAGCAUACAAGAAUCUUAUAACAAGGUUGUGUCAGAAUGGGAGGCUGUCCGAGGCUGAGAGUGUGUUUGAUGAAUUGUUGAAAGAAGAAUUCGUGAAACCAGAUGAUGAAACUUAUAAAGCAAUGAUUCGUGCAUAUGUUGAGUCUGGAAGGGUUGAGGAAGCCGUUCAAACUGCAAACAAGAUGGUCGCUUCUAAAGUCCACGAGGUUACUAAGUUGUUUUUCUAG